GUUUUUGGUAUUUUGUUAUCGAAAACACAGGCGUUUGGGGUUUUCAUUUCGCCAAAACGCGUUAGUCAUUUGAUAGUGAAAAAAUUAAUUAACAAAAUAAUUUAAAGUGAUUUGGGUCAGAUCUGAAUUAAGCUAUGGCCACGAAAACAAAUACCAUCGAGCGCAACGGCCACUCGGCCAAAAGCUCCACACUGCGGGAAAUUUGCGCGCGCGCCAUCACAAAAUCGGAGUGGGAGGACAAGGAGGAGUUCCUGGACGUCAUCUACUGGUCGCGCCAGGUGUUCGGCAUCUUUCUGGGCGUCAUCUGGGGCAUUGUUCCGCUGAAGGGCUUUCUGGGCCUCGUACUAUUCGCCGGCAUCAGCUGCGGGAUCGUCUACCUGUACGCCAUAAACUUUCAGAACGUGGACGAGGACGCCUACGGAGGAGUUUGGGAGCUGAUCAAGGAAGGGUUCAUGACGUCGUUCGCCGGAUUCCUGGUCACGUGGAUAAUCUUCUACACGGGCCUGCACUACGACGCCAUAAUGGCGGCGAAAGGAUCUUAAUAACACUCCCCAGCAAUACCGGAUUCCAGGAGCCAGGUCCACACCACGCCACUCUCCACAUAAGCCAGCAGCUCCUCUCGUUUUGUCCCCUUUGUACUCGCUGUAGAUUGUUAAACUUUUAGCCAAUUACGUUCAUGUAAAUGCAUUUCUGCUGUGGCCGAUUGUCCCAAAUCUUUCCGUGAAAGAUCCUUUGGCCAGCGGUCUUAGUUGAGAACAGAAGAUUCUAUAUGUAUUUGAGUGUCCGAAAUGCAGAAUGCGAUGAAUCAA